GAUUGGCUACAUGGUCAUGUGACUGAGCGUUCUUACUCUUCAUUGGUGCGUAACCUGAAAUAACACUUUAUGACGGGCCGGGAGAGAGGUACAAGCAAAAACUUCAGAUGACUUCUUAGAUGGAGUUUCCAGGCUCUUUGUUCCCCUCAUUUUACAGCGAGGGGCCCUGUGCCAGGGAGGCCCCCACUUCCCACUCUGUGUUUGGCCUGGGGGAACACAGCAAAGUCCAGCACAGUAACAGCGCGCAGGAUGGUUACAAGUUCAUUCCCUUGUACAGCAGAUCUGCAGAACGUUGGAGCCCAACCAGCCCGGCACCCAUCCCACUGCUGCCUCCUAACCCUGGUUCUGGAAUCCCUCCGGUGCUGGUAUCCGACAUUGUACAAGAAAUGAGAGCAGCGGUUCCCCUGAGAAAUACUCUUGUGAGGAAAAGCAGUGUACAACUGGAUUUCACUAAUCAGUUGGGCAAUUUCUCAUUGGAUCACAGUGACACAGCCUUUCAGUGUAUGGGGCAACUCCUGGAACCACACUGCUACCUGGGAGAUAAGCAGCUUUAUAGGAAGGUGAGAGAAACCACAAAGAAGAUGACGGGGAUGCUGCAGUCGCUGCGCCAUGCGAUGCACAGAGAUUGCCCUUAUUCUUACUCUGACUCCCAGCUGCGAUGCCUCUCGUUCCUGGCAUGCGAUUGGCUCCAGGAUAUCCCCCCAGUGAUGCUGGGACAGUGCGUCCAUGAGGGGCUGGCAGAGCAGUGGAGUCAGUUGCAGUACAGCACUCAGAACACAGGGGGAGCUCUGUCUUACUCUGCGUAUUCUGAGGGGCACUAUGGCUGUUUAAUCUUCCCUCACGGAGAAGCAAUGAAUGAGUUACAUUUCCAGCAGGUGAAACUCAAUGGCGGGGGCCACAGGGUGAAACUGCUAGAAGAUCCGGCUGUGUUUGAACUUAAUGGGCGAAUCCAACAAGUGGCCUCGGCCAAGGGGGGAUCAUCGGAAGAAGUUCUGGUAGGAGUUCGAUCCAACUACCAUCUGGCCUCCUGGGCAUUCUCCUCCCAAGAUCCCCCAAGGGCCCUCCGGGUGGUCGAUACUCAGAGCCCCAGCACCUGUAUCAAUGUCAGCCCCUACCUGCCUGGGGAGCUCUGCGUUUGCACUGAACAGGGGGGUCUUUAUCUGUGGAACGUGGAGACUGGGCUGGAGCUGCUUCGCCAUGAUCCCGACACCCUGUUAUUCCGUGAUGAUCCCGAGUGGAGAUGGAGCGACUACACCUCCCACCCGCGGGUGCUGAGCUACGCAGACAGGACAGGAGUUCAGUGUGUGGACAUGAGGGCCCCUAAUUCUCAGGGGUUGGACCUUUUCCAUAUUGGACAAGAAGCUUCGUGUCAGAGAGGAGAGAGAGUCAUUUUACCCCAGUGCCUGAGAGGGGAGAACCCAGCCCACUGCCUCAUUACUACCCAGUACUCGGUUUACAUCAUGGACGAGCGCUUUCCAUUGGUUCCCCUGCUGAAGUGGGAUCACAUGUUCCAGUCCCCGCCCUGCUUUGCCCACGUUGUCCCUAAUGGGACGAGCAGCCAAUCCAACAAGGUUCUGCUGGGAAGCCAGCGGGGGGAAACCCUCCUGCUGCAAUAUACAGGUGGGACCCUCACGCCCCCCCAGAUGCUCUUCCCAACCCUGAGUCUCCCCCCACCCUCAGAAUGCCUGGCACACCUGCCUGUAUUACAGCCCCUUCAUCAGGACUAUGUGGCACAGCGGCUGGCAUCCCCAGGAGCAGGAUUGGCUGCGGCCCACGUGACAUCGGACCAGGAUUCUGUUAUCGUCUUCAGCCUGACGGAGCUCGGGGAUCUCUUCUACCUGCCCCUGUUGCACCAAGCGGCCGAGAGCCAGGAAUACUGGGGCAACGACCAAGAUCCAUCCUGUAGCCCAGUCUCUGACCAGGGGGCUUCUAUAACUAAUCAGAGAGAACAGCACGAGGGGCAAAGCCCAGGAGGGCCCCACUCCCCCCAGCGUGCCUCAGCCCUGUCCAAUCACAAUGCAGAAUCCAUGAUUUCCCGUGUGGAAGGACAGACUCCGGGGGGAGGUGGCGCCACGGCAAGUCUUCCAGAACUGGACCCUACAGUAUGUCCUCUGUCUUCCGAAUCUGACCCCAGCACCCAAAAUGGCUCUGCCCCCGUGGCUAAUGGCUCUGCCCCCGUGGCUAAUGGCUCUGCCCGCGUGGCUAAUGGCUGUGUCUAUUCCACGAACCUUCAGCCAGAAAACAGGACAGGCGUUUCCCAUCUCAGUUCCUGGUCUCUGCGCUGCCUGCAGCGGUGGCUACGGGCCCUUCUCCUCGGUGUGGCCCCAAAGGGUCCCGGCCGCCCUAAGUUUAGAACAAAGAAGUUCUUGAAGGGCCUGGAGGUGGGCGAAUCUGGGCCGGAGUUGGCCGAGCAGCGCAGAACCCUCCUGGAGAGUAUGAAGGGCGGAACGUUGGUGCGGCUGGACACCCCUCCAGUCUCGGGAGUUCUAGGGCCCCUGAACCCCCAAACCUGGAAGGACCCGCUAAGCCAAAGGCUGACGGCUGCUUGGAAUGGGCAACUGGGCUCGUGGUGGGAGGAGUUCCUGGGGCUGAACCGACACAGCAAGGUGCAGUCUCUGAGAGAGCGACGCCGGAGGCAGAAGUUGCAGAGGGCAAAGUCGCUGAGCAGGUUGUCUGGGAGCUUCGCCUCCUCCCUCAGUCUGGACUCCAGCGCCUGCGAUAUGGACCAGGGUUCUGUGUGGUCCUGUCAUAGCGAGCCCCUCUCUGAGCCGGAACCUCGGCCCAGUCCCAUAGGCAGGAAGAGACUGAGGAGCCCUCCCCCGGGUCAGGAGCCUGUUUGGGCCGAUACACAGGACUCCGCAGCUUCUACAGGGACUCUGCAUAGAGAUUUGGGGGGCAACUCCCAGACACCCCAAGACUCUUCUACACAAAGCCACGCCCCCAACUCUCCCCUGGUUUCCUCUCAGUUCCUUCGCUCCAGGGGGAUCCCCCGAGAGAGGAGACAGACUGUCCAGGAUUUCAUCUCUCUCCUGGGUGCCCCCACCGAGCCCCAAACUCACCCUCGGAACCCCCCUGACUCCGCCUUCCCGUCUCAGAACUUUUCCCUCUCGCAGCAGUCUCAGUCGCUCUCCCAGAGAUCUCAGUCCCGUUCCCAGCAGUCAAAAAAGAGACCCCGCAUGGGAUUCUGAGCCUUAAUACCAACCUCAGUGCUGUAUGCUAUUCACCUGUGCGGGGCCACGGGGGGGUCCCUAUUGGACCUCCUGAUCCCCCAGUACCGUUAUGGUUCUGUUGGACGUGUUCUGUGCAAUAAACCUUUGAUCACUGAA